GCGCGGCGCGCGUCACGAGAGGGGCGCCGCAUAAACGUGGAACGAGGGCGACCAUGUGACCGGCGGCCGGCCAAUCAGCUGUUUAGCUUUGUCGUACCGCCAAGCUCAUUUCCAGUCCGUGUGCACGCGGAAGCUGCGGGAACGACUGGUUGCAGGUAGAGCGCGAAUAUUCCGGAGCCGUGCAAAUUAUGCGCGUCCGAUCGCGAUAGAGAAGACGCCGAAUUGCCACAGCUGACAGGUCGAAUCGCUCACGCGGCGCGCGACACCUCGCAAAUCACCGUCGCAAAUGCUUUUAUAUGCGGAGUCGCCAUUUUGGUGAUACGGCGAGCCGACGAUCUGAGCAAAGUGUAGCCCUAUGAUCUUUUUAUUUUUCUUUUGUGCACGGCCCAUCCGCAGAAUCGUCCUCAGCCGAUUGACGGCGCAAUAACGCUGGAGAUGACACAGCAAAAUAAAACGAUGAACUUCCUAAUACACGACGCUAACGGACACCCACAAGUGAUAAAAGUAGUGCAAAGUACACCUAAUAAAGCAUUAAGUGGUAUUGUUAGCACAACAAAUGCAGGUGGCCUUAAAGUGUUUAAAGCUCCUAACCAAGAAUCACAGGUUUUAUCAUCAAAUACACAAGUUCUCAGAACCAUCAGUUUGCAGAGUCCAGCUACACCCAGUCAAAGAUUGGUAACAAUACCUGUGCAAAAUACUAAAAUGGCAACAUCAAAAGCAGGGGAAUCUGUAAUGACCAAGACUAUACAAUUGACUUCUGCACAAAUGAGCGAUAUAAAACAGGCUAUUGUGGUCCAACAACAACAAAAUCAGCAGCAGCAGCAGCAGCAGCAACAACAGCAGCAAUCUAACACCUCUCAACUUGUCAAAGAUACUGCGGGAAAAACCUUUAUCAGUCCAAUAUUGGAUCACAGUGGAUCUAGGAAAAGGCAGGACAUUGAAAGUGGCGACUUCGUGCCUGAUAAACGAAGAAAAACGGAAAAAGUUGGUAAAGGAUUGAGACAUUUUUCAAUGAAAGUUUGUGAAAAAGUGAAGAAGAAAGGUACCACUUCUUAUAAUGAAGUAGCAGAUGAACUGGUUGGUGAAUUCACUAAUCCAGCUCACAUAAAUUCUCUGGCAGAUCAGUACGAUCAGAAAAAUAUCAGAAGACGCGUAUACGAUGCUCUGAACGUGUUAAUGGCAAUGAAUAUCAUCUCCAAAGAGAAAAAAGAGAUCAGGUGGAUUGGUCUACCUACUAAUUCAUUGCAGGAAUGUGUGGCAUUAGAAAAGGAUAAAAAGAAGAAGAUCGAAAGAAUUAAAGCUAAAACGCAACAGUUACAUCAGCUUAUUCUUUCUCACAUUUCAUUCAAGAAUUUAGUUGAACGUAAUCGUUCAAAUGAGAAUCUUCGCGGGCCACCAAAACCUAAUUCUGCCAUACAGCUGCCAUUCCUCAUUGUGAAUACCAGUAAAAAGACUGUCAUAGAUUGCAGCAUUUCAAAUGACAAAACUGAGUACCUGUUUAAUUUUAAUGAUAAGUUUGAAAUUCAUGACGAUAUCGAAGUUCUAAAGCAAAUGGGUUUAGCUUUCGGAUUGGAGAAAGGGGAGUGCACUGAAGAAAACUUACGAAAGGCAAAAUCAAUGGUUCCAAAAUCGCUUGAGAAAUAUGUCGAACAAUUGGCUUCAGGAGACUUAGAAAAGUUUAUUCCAGUAACUAUCCCUGGUCCAAGUACAUCAAUGGAAGAUUUAGACAUGAAAUUGGAGGGUUCUCGGCCACCAUCGUCAUCACAUACUUCAUUAUCAGAAGAUCCUUUAUCUCCUCCGUCACAGUACUUUUCAGAAGAGGAUGAUGAAGAGGAAGAAAGUGACCAGGACGAUCAAGCUGAAAGUGAUCUUGAAGCUAACUAGCACCCCGAAUAACUUUUUAAAGGCUAGACUCAGGGAUAUUCGCCACUAUCAUCAGCGAUGUCAACAUUAACAAUAUUGCCGCUGUUGCCAAUGUCGUCUUCACCCCGAUCGCCAGUUAACACACAUCGAACAAGGAUAUGAAUUAAUAAUUAAUAACACAAGUGGAAAGUAAAUCAGUUGAAGUAAAUGAAAAUGGUCAAAAGACAGAUAUAUUGAUUGGGGCCAAGAAGAAAACAUAGCAAUUAAUUGGGCUGAAUAAAUUGGCAAGUGGCUCUUUUUUCGUAUCAAGUAAUAAGAUAAAUACGAUGCACGCGCUAAAAUGAUCAGAAUAAACAAAUGCAGAAUGACUGAGAUAAUGGGGUGCUAUAUUUUAACUGUGCAUCGUCAUACAAGUUUAUAUGACUAGCGUCUAUGUAUUAUAAAUUAUAAUCUUACAGUAUCAAUAUUAUUAUGUGUACAAGGCAUAUUGACCAGUACUCUCAUUUUCUUAUGGCACGUUUAUAAUAACAAUUGUCUGUGGUAUGCAGUAAAGUGACAUAUGAUAGAUACAGACACACAUCUGACUCGAAUUAAAAAUACAAAUAAAUUGUAAUAAUGUUACAACAUGAA